GCCGCCACGCAGAAAGAGCCUGAGCUGCGCUCGUAAAUACCGCCGUCGUCGUGGUGGCGUAUUAUAUUAGGAGACUACAAGGGGUCUGCUAGUCAUCCUGGAAAUGGGGUAGUAUUUUCGGCUCACUGAAUUCAGUUUAUUUUAACUCUUAAAAACCAUGUUUCCACUGCCAUUGCUGGAGCACGCGAGCAGCUCUGUACUGCCAUACGUGAACGCCGGAGCUUUGGUAGCAUUGUUGCUGGCGUGUUGUUUAGCUAAAUUUUAUCGGAAGCGGCGAGACCUCGCAAAUAUUCCUCCGGGUCCGAAACCUUGGCCAGUGGUCGGCAACUUCGGCGGCUUCCUCGUCCCUUCUUCCAUCCAGAGGAGGUUUGGGCAGCAGUCCGCCAGCACCUCCGCUGUGAGAAACGCUAUAGUCAUUUUGACGGAACAAGCCGACAUUUAUGGUAACGUCUACAGCCUUUUUGUAGGGAGUCAGUUGAUCGUUGUGCUUAAUGGCUUUGAAGUGGUCAAGGAUGCUCUCUCAAACCAUCCCGACGUGUUCUCCGACAGACCGGAUAUCCCCGCUGUCACCAUCAUGACUAAACGCAAAGGAAUAGUCUUCGCACCUUACGGGCCAAUAUGGAGGAAGCAACGCAAGUUCUGCCACACCAUACUCCGAAACUUUGGCCUGGGGAAGUUGAGCCUUGAGCCUUGCAUCCUGGAAGGCCUGGCCACCGUCAAAACAGAGCUGCUGCGACGGAAUGAGGAGUCUGGCGGCGCCGGCGUGGACCUGGCCCCGCUGAUCAGCAACGCCGUGUCGAACGUCAUCUGCUCAAUGGUCCUGGGUCAACGAUUCCAUCACGAAGACCGCGAGUUCCACACGUUGCUGGGCCUGAUGGAGCGUGGGCUGGAGAUCUGUGUGAACAGCCCCGCAGUCCUCAUCAACAUCUUUCCACUGCUCUACUAUUUGCCUUUUGGGGUCUUCAAGGAGUUGAGGCAGGUUGAAAGAGACAUCACAGUGUUCCUGAAGAGGAUUAUUGCAAAACACCGGGAAACAUUAGAUCCUGAAAACCCAAGGGAUCUCGUAGACAUGUACUUGAUGGAGACGUUGGCCCAGCAAGCUGCUGGAGAGGAGGACAGCGGCUUCACAGACGAUUAUCUCUUUUAUAUAGUAGGAGAUCUCUUCAUCGCUGGCACUGACACUACCACUAAUUCAGUUUUGUGGAUCCUCCUCUACAUGGUCUUAUACCCCGAUGUCCAAGACAAAGUCCAGGAAGAGAUCGAUGAAGUUGUGGGCAGACAUUGGGUCCCGUCUCUGAUUGAUAAGGGAAGUUUGCCUUUUACUGAGGCCACCAUAAUGGAGGUGCAGAGACUAACUGUAGUGGUUCCCCUGGGUAUUCCACACAUGGCCUCCAGGACAACCGAGUUCAGAGGCUACACUAUUCCCAAAGGAACAGUUAUUUUGCCCAAUCUAUGGUCUGUCCAUAGAGAUCCCACUCUGUGGGACGACCCGGACAGUUUCAACCCGGCACGCUUCUUGGAUGAUAACGGAGAGUUACUCAGGAAAGAGUGCUUUAUACCAUUCGGGAUUGGUCGCAGGGUGUGCAUGGGUGAACAGCUGGCGAAGAUGGAGCUGUUCCUGACGGUUACCAGCUUACUGCAGGCCUUCAAAUUCAGACUCCCAGAGGGAUUGCCUCCUCCUCCCCUGCACGGACGCUUCGGCCUGACACUGGCUCCCUGCCCAUACACUGUGUGUGUGAGCACUCGUAGUUGAAAAAGUGGAAGAGUUGGUUUGAACUGAUUUUCUGUAAACAGGGUGCUCUGAUGCCAAGGACCCUGAAAAAAGCCCAGAGAUGUUGGUAAAGGUCCCCUGGAGAGAUAGUUUAAUUUUAGGAAAGUAUUAAGAUACCGUGCACUUUUUUCACUUUUUCCCAUUUUGCCUUAUGCUAAAAUUGUUUAAAUUAAUUUUUUCCCUCAUCAAUCUAAAUUUAGUACCCCACAAUGACAAAGCAAGAACAGUAUUUUAAGAAAUUUUUGCAAAUUUAGGAAGGAAAAACUGAAAUAUCACAUUGACAUAAGUAUUCAGACCUUUUGCUGUGACCCUUGAAAUUUAGGUCAGGUGCCUCCCAUUUCUCUUGAUCAUCUUAAAAGAUGUUUCUACACAUUGACUGGAGUCCACCUGUGAUAAAUUCACUUGAUAGGACACGAUUUGGAAAGGCACACACCUGUCUGUAUGAGGUCUCACAGCUGACAAUGCAUAUCAGAAUAACGACCAAGUCCUGAGGUCGAAGGAACUGCCUCCAGAGCUCAGAGACAGGAUUGCGUCAAGGCACAGGUCGGAAGGCUACAAAAAAAACUUGAAAUUAAAAAAAAAUAAAUUCUGCUGCCUUCUCAAGAGCACAGUGUUCUCUAUAAUUCUUCAAUGGAAGAAGUUUGGAACAACCAGGACUCUCCCUAGAGCUGGCUCCCCAGCCAGACUGAGCAGUUGGGGGAGAAGGGCCUUGGUAAGAGAGGUGACCAAAACCCCUGAUGCUCACUCUGGCUUAGCUCCAUAAAUCCUGUGUUGAGAUGGAAGAAACAUCCAGAAGGACAACCACAACUGCAGCACUCCACCGAUCUGGGCUUUAUGGUGUCCAGAUGGAAGCCUCUCCUCAGUGAAAGGCAUAUGAAAGCCACUUGGAGUUUGCAAAAAAGUGCCAAAAGGACUCAGACUGUGGGAAACAAGAUUCUCCGGUGUGAUUAAACCAUGAUUGAACUGUUUGGCUUCAGCUCUAAGCGUCAUGUCUGGAGGAAACCAGACAACGCUCAUCACCUCCCCAAUACCAUCCCAAUGGCUAAGCAUGGUUGUGGCAGCAUUAUGCUGUGGGGGUGUUUUACAGCUGCAGGGGCAGGCAGACAGGUCAGAGUUGAGGGAAAGGUCAAAGGAGCAAAGUACAGAGAUAUCCUUAAUGAAAACCUGGUCCAGAGUGCUCAGGACCUCAGACUAGGCCGAAGGUUCACCUUCCAACAGGACAAUGACCCUAAGCACACAGCCGAAACAAUGCAGGACUGUCUUAGGGACGACUCUCUGAAUGUCCUUGAGUGGCUGAGCCAGAGCCCUGACUUGAACCCAAUGGAACAUCUCUGGAGAGACCUGAAAAUGGCAACUAAGUACUGAGUAAAGGGUCUG